AAAUAUCCUAAGUAGACGCAGACAAGUACGACGGGUGACCUACCUGUCUCUGAGAUCGCGAUUAAUUUGUCUCGCUGAGUUAGAGACGAAUUCUCUCUCUUAACCAUAGAAACUUUGAACACAUGAUAAGCGCUUCAUAUUGAGGAGACAAUACAGUGCUUUGGAGCAUUCUUGGCAACGUGCUGUUUUGACUGGAUAAAGGUAAGGAAGAGGAACGUCCACAGACCCCACCUCGGGGCAGCCAGUGGCGGAACCACCAACUAUCAGGCUUCCUGAACACUAAACAGAAGCAGGCAUCGGACCUCCACAGCCCUUCUGACUGCGAAGGCAGACCAACUGGGGAAUACAAAAUAUGGGCGAUGUCCAGCUUGUGACAGCGACAAGGCUCUCCAAGACCAGCCUAACAUUAGGACAAGGCUCCCGAAGUCAGGAGCCUCCAGCGUUCACGCUGCCACCCCGCAAUGCCCGGGUCAAUCUGGGAGGGACUGCGCGUCUGGAUGGGAAGGUGAGAGGGCACCCUGAGCCCCAGGUCACAUGGUCCAGGAAUGGGAAAACUGUUAUAGCCGGGGAGCGUAUUGUCAUGGAACAGAGUAGCCGUGGGACCUUCAGCCUGGUGGUACAUGGUGUCCAAGACAGUGAUGCUGGGCUCUACACAUGUGAUGCGGUGAACGAUGCCGGGAGUCGCCAGGUCACCGUGGAGAUCACUGUAGAAGGGAACGCAGGGAAGACAUACAACCUGACAUCCUCGAGUAAAACAGGUGGACGGUUCGGGGUUCCAGCGGUGGAGAGCAGGCCCAGUAUCUGGGGGGAGAGCCCCCCCAAGUUUGUGACAAAGCCCUCCCGCGUCUUCGCCCGAAUUGGACAGAGUGGCAAGUUCUCUGCUAAAAUCACAGGACGUCCACAGCCCCUGGUUACCUGGCUCAAGGGAGAUAAGGAGAUCCAAGCUUCUUCCCACUUCAGCAUGUUUGAGAAAUCGGGAAUCCACUUCCUGGAGAUUCGGGAGGUGUGUGUGGAAGAUGCUGGAACCUACAUCUGCUCUGUGGCCAACAGUGCUGGUAAAGCCACGGCUAUGGCGGAGCUGAACGUUCAGGGUUCAGGCAGUGACACAGGCAUCCUGGCCCCCUCCAUGCCAGUGAGUCCUGUCCCAAAGACAACUGACACCGUUGAAGUCAAGCACACUAGUAAUGGCCUGCUCACUGACCGACGCUCACCUACCAAGACAGAAGAAAGGAUUGAGGCUAGGGAAGCCAGUGAUCUCCCCACACUCACUAAGGAGUCCAGAGAGACCACAGGCACCAAAGGACCAGCAUGGAAGGCUAACGCUUCAUCCCCCAAGCCCCCUGUGACAUCCGCCAAGCCCCCUGCAAAGCUGCCAGAAGAGGCCCCUCGAAAGCCUUGGGUGGCUUCUCCGAAGGCUGCCAGCACCAACCCCCUGCAGCACCAGCUGAGAGGUCAGGGGGCUGCCCACGCUGGGCCAGAGCCUCACAGCAGAGCCCCUGACAGGGAUUCAAGAGAUACAGUGAAGGGGCCCCGAGGGCCAUCUUCAGAGCCUCCGAAAGAGAGCAGAAGGCAGGCCAGGGAGAGCAGGUCAGACAGAGCCGCUGUGACUGCAGGGGCCCCACCCAGAUUUGACUCUGUGCCUCAGAGCCAGGAUGCAAUGGAGGGGACCGGAGUCACGUUCAAGUGCCAAGUCUCAGGUUCCCCUAUGCCUGUCCUGAGCUGGUUUAAAGAUGGCCUCCCAUUGAGACCCAGAGCAGGGCUGAGCUUCCAGCAGGAUGGCAACAUACACAUCCUUACAGUGGACAACGUCCAGAAGAGAGACAGUGGGACAUAUGAAUGCACAAUGACUACCAGCACUGGGAAGAUGUCUUCAACUUGGAACCUCAGCGUCAAGAACUCUAGGCCAGAGGGGAGACCGCCUGCGUUCAUUACUGUCCUGAAGGGAUGUUCAGUGAGUGAAGGCCAGGACUUCCUUCUGCAGUGUUCAGUGCAAGGGAAGCCUCUCCCUAACGUUUCUUGGCUCUUAAAUGACAAGCCCGUGCCGGAUGCCCGCUCCUCCUUUGAGAAUGGCCUGGCCCAGCUCACGGUCUGCGGUGCACUGCCAGAAGAUGAAGGCCUGUACACGUGUGUCGCUGAGAACAGUCAUGGGAGAGCUGUGUGCACUGCCGGAGUUCUCGUCAAAGCUAAGAAAAGUGCGAAGAGGUCCGACCCUCAGCACGCAUCUGACACCAAGAAGCAAUCAAAGCCAUCAGCCCCUGUAUUUUUUCGAGGUCUGAAGGAUCUGAAAGUCAUGGAUGGUAGCCAAGUCAUCAUGACUGUGGAGGUGACUGGGAAUCCUCAUCCAGAGGUUGUGUGGCUCCACAAUGGGAAGGAGAUCCAGGAGUCGGAGGACUUCCAUUUUGAGCAGAAGGGGAACCAAUAUAGUCUGUUCAUCCAGGAAGUCUUCCCUGAGGACACUGGGAAAUACACAUGCGAGGUGUGGAAUGAAGUUGGAGUGGUUCGCACCGAGGCCUCACUCACUGUGCAAGAGCCCCAGGACGGGGUGCAACCCUGGUUUAUCACCAAGCCCAAGUCCAUCACUGCUUUCCUGGGACAGAACAUCUUGUUGUCCUGUGCCAUCGCUGGGGACCCUUUUCCCCAGUGGACCUGGAAGAAACAGGGCCAAGUGAUAUCCACUGGACUGGACUAUGAGAUCCUGCAGAAGGAGGAUGUGGUGUCCCUGCUCAUCCGACAAGUCCGUACCCAACACGCUGGGGACUACGAGAUCAGUCUGAGGAACAAAGUAGGCGACUGCAGUUGUGUUGCCACUUUGCUGGUCAGUGAAGGUGCAGCAGUUUCCUGUGGAGACCAGCAAGCUCCUGAGCCUUGUCAGCGUGUGGGAGGAGUGGACGGGACAGUGCGAGGCAGAGGAGCAGCAGGCAGCAGCCACACUCAGAAGGAGCCCGAGGAUUCCGAGGAGCCCAGCGCAGCCCGGGGACUCCUGAAAAGGCGCGUGGAGACCAAAGAGCACUGCGAGGACCAGAUCCGUCUGCUGGAGGCUGAGCAGCGCGACUUCCGCACGGUGCUGGGCAGGAAAGUCACCACCAAAAGUGUCUCCGAGGAGGACCUGAAGGAGAUCAUGGCGGAACAGAUGGACUUCAGGGGCCAGCUCAAAGGGGUCAAGCCGAAGACCCUGUCCAUAGAUGAGCGGAAGGUCAGCAGUCCCGCGCAAGUGGACUUCCGAGCCGUCCUGGGGAAGAAGGGGGGCGCCGGUGUCACCCCCCCGAAACCAGGAGCUGCAUCCACUGAGAAAGCAGAGCCUGCAGAUUUCAAAUCGGUUCUGGCCAAUAAGAAGAAGCAGACCAUCCUGGAGAAGAAUGGGGAGAGUCCUGCUUCAGGCCCUGCAGCAGCAACACCUAAAGCCCUCGGUCCUUCCCCUGACAAGAAGGACAAGGAGAAGAAUGCAGUCAACUGCGUGGAUGGUGGGAUUAUAGACAAGAAGAGUAACAACAUUGGAAAGGAGCCUUGUUUUAGUCAGAAGCUGAGUGAUGUGAGUGUGGUGGACGGGGCUCGCCUGAGGCUACAGUGUCAGGUGACCAGUGACCCCCCAGCAACUAUAACCUGGACGUUAGAUGGGAAGGUCAUCAAACCCUCAAAGUUCAUCAAGAUUUCCAAUGAUGGAGGCCAGUGCUCCCUUACAAUCGACAAGGCACUGCCUGAGGACGAGGGCCAGUACAAGUGCCGAGCGGAGAACUCAGCCGGUAAAGCAGAGUGUUCCUGCAUGGUGCUGGUUGAUGAUCCUACAGAUACCAACUCAACAGCAGCUGACAAGAAGAGCAAGAAGCCAUCCACCCCUACCUCUGAGAGUGAGGCAAGGAUAAAGAAACCAAAUACCAAGACACCUCCUAAACAGGCUAUGCCCCCCCAGAUUGUUCAGUUCCCUGAUGACAUGAAGAUUCUGGCAGGAGAGAAGGUGGAAAUUCUCUGCAAGUUUGGAGGAGCUCAGCCAAUCAACUGCACCUGGCUCAAGUUUCGCAAACCAAUCCAAGAGGUUCAAGGUGAUCUAACAAUUGUGACCACCGAGACCAGCAGCAAAUUGACAAUUGCUGACAGCCAGCAGGAGCACUGUGGCUGCUACACCCUCGAACUGCGAAACAGCUAUGGCCUGAGACAGGCUGCUCUCAACCUUACCAUUGUUGACAAACCUGAUCCCCCUGCGCGUGUUCCUGCCGCCUCAGACAUCCGUCGGUCCACCCUCACGCUGUCAUGGUAUGGCCCCACCUACGAUGGCGGCAGCGCGGUCCAGUCAUACAACCUGGAGAUAUGGAACUCCGUGGACAAGGAGUGGAAGGAACUGGCCUCCUGCAACAGCACCUCCUAUAAUGUCCAGAACCUGCUGGGUCAACGUCAGUACAAGUUCAGAGUGCGGGCUGUCAAUAUCUACGGCGUCGGGGAGCCCAGUGCAGAGUCAGAGGCUGUCACCAUGUUGGAGGAGGAUGUUGAGGAAAAGGAGGAGGUUGAGGAUGAAGAAGAUAAAGAGCCAGACUAUAGGGAUGUCAUCGUUAGAACAGAUGUGAAGGUCAAGGAUCUGUAUGAUGUGGAGGAGAGACUUGGAACGGGGAAAUUCGGACAAGUAUUUAAACUUUUGGAGAAGGCAACGAAAAAGACUUGGGCUGGAAAGUUCAUUAAAGCCUAUUCUGCCAAAGAGAAAGAAAAUGUAAGACAAGAGAUUAUGAUAAUGAACUCCCUCCAUCAUCCUAAACUUGUCCAGUGCGUAGAUGCAUUUGAAGGCAAGUCAGACAUCGUCAUGGUUUUGGAAAUGAUCUCUGGCGGGGAGCUGUUUGAGCGUAUCAUCGAUGAGGACUUUGAGCUGACGGAGAGAGAGGUCAUUAAGUACAUGCUGCAGAUCGUGGAUGGGGUUCAUUACAUCCACAAGCAGGGCAUCGUCCAUCUGGAUCUCAAACCUGAGAAUAUCAUGUGUGUCAACAAGACUGGCAGCACCAUCAAACUCAUUGACUUCGGCCUUGCACGCAGACUAGAAAGCUCUGGAACAUUGAAAGUUCUGUUUGGAACCCCUGAGUUUGUGGCACCAGAAGUGAUCAACUAUGAAGCAAUUAGUUACCCAACUGACAUGUGGAGUAUAGGGGUCAUCUGCUACAUUCUGGUGAGUGGCCUGUCCCCAUUCAUGGGGGACAAUGACAACGAGACCCUUUCCAACGUGACCUCAGCCACUUGGGACUUUGAAGACGAUGCCUUCGAUGAGAUCUCGGAUCACGCCAAAGACUUCAUUACCAAGCUGCUGAAGAAGGAUAUGAAAGCCAGACUAACAUGUGCUCAGUGCUAUGAACAUCCGUGGCUAAAACAAGACACUGGCAAAAUGGAGGCCAAGAAGUUGUCCAAGGAGAGAAUGAAGAAAUACAUCUUAAGAAGGAAAUGGCAGAAAACGGGACACGCUGUGCGGGCCAUCGGAAGACUUUCGUCUAUGGCAAUGUUGGCAGGCGUCAGUGCCAAGAAGGGCUCCCCUACUGAAGAGGACAAUCAGUUCCUGGAGUGCCUGGAGUAUGAGGAGAAAACGCAGGUCAAGCCUACCUUCAGCUCCGUCAUCAAGGAUGUGGAGGUGGUGGAGGGGAGUGCGGCCCGAUUUGACUGCAAGAUUGAGGGCUACCCUGAUCCGGAGGUGGUGUGGUACAAAGACGACCAGCCCAUCAAAGAGACGCGCCAUUUCCAGAUCGAUUAUGACGAGGAUGGAAACUGCAGCCUGGUGAUCUCGGAGGUGAACGGCGAUGAUGAUGCCAAAUACACAGUGAAGGCUGUCAAUAGCCUGGGGGAGGCCACGUGCACAGCCGAACUCCUUGUGGAGGUAAUGGCGGGGGAGGAGGAGGAGGAGGAGGAGGAGGAGGAGGAAGAAGAAGAAGAAGAAGAAGAGGAGGAGGAAGAAGAGGAAUGAGGGGUACAACCGGUACAAGACAAACAGAUUAUAUCCCCUCUCUGUAGCCUUUCAUCUUUUUAAUUGCUGCAUUGGUUAAGACAGUUUCUCCCACACACAGAAAUGGGGGGAAUUGGCUUGAUGACCUUUUGUUAUGUUUGUGCACUUUCUUUUUUAUUUCUACUUCCUUAUCAGCUAUAGCCGAUAUCAGAUGUUGAUAUUUAUAACAUUACUUUGACAUUAACCACAUUCCAGCUGUUUGUGCUUUAUCCAUUUAUUUAAAGGUAAUUGAUUUUCUAUGGUUUUCUUCCUCAACCAAACAAACACAAAGUCACUGGUGUGUUUGUGUGUCAUCAGCAUUAUGGGCCCCGGGCUCUUUUAACAAUGGUUUAUUUUAUAGAAAGAUUAUUUAAACACAAGUGUCGUCAACAUAUUUGAGUAGCAGUUUUGAGAUCGUCCUUGCAAGCACAUGUCCACCACGUUACAAUUUUGCGAUACUAAACAGACCGGUGAAUUAUCACACCUUCAUUUGUUUUGUUUUUUAUUAGAUGUAUGUAGAUUAUAUUUCUUAAAUUUGUAUAAAUGUAUCAGUUUGACAAACUGCAAAUGACAUGUAAUGAGAACACUACAAGGGUAGUUACUCACUGUUACUAAAUAAAUCUUUAUCACAAAAUUA